CAGAAGCGAAGCCUCUGUACACGUGUACAGUCAGUAUUGCUCCAACGGUUUGUUGCUUUGCAUGAUCCUUCCACUACUCUAUUGCUUUGCAUAAUCCUUUGAAGUUGCCUAUCCAAUGGUGGUUUCCAAGUCUACCAAGCGUGCACCAGCACUCUUCAUCUCCCAUGGCGGAGGCCCCUUCCCCGUCUUCAUUGAAGACCACGAAUCCUACCGCCAAAUGCUCCGCGAUCAGGCUCAUUACUUCGACAAUGUCCGAGCCAUCAUCCUCCUGACAGCCCACUGGGAAACGGACCAACCCCACAUCACCGGCUCCGACAAUCCGGAGAUCUUCUACGACUACGAUCUCGAGGAUAUGCGCAGCAAGCUCCCGAAGGAGGCUUUCCAGAUUGAAUACAAAGGCAAAGGCAAUUCAGACCUAGCUAGUUCUAUUGCCGAGCGUCUGCGUACUUCAGGCUUCACUCCUGUGGUCGAGAAUCGCGCAUGGGAUCACGGCGUGUAUGUUCCGUUGGGCAUCAUGUUCCCGGACGGCAACAUUCCAAUCGUGCAGAUGUCCAUCCUGAGGGGUGAUUCUGAGCAAGAUGCUACCGAGAAGAAUAUCCAUCUGGGAGAGGCGCUCGAGGAAUUCCGCGACCAGGGCUUUGCCGUUGUGGGCAGCGGCGGAUCUUGCCACGACUUUUCGGUAGUUGGUGCUGCCUACUUUGAUCCGGAAGAUAAAUUGCCGUGGCCGCCGAGAGAAAUUCAGCUGUUCGAAGACUUCUUGCGGGAUGGCGCGCAGACCAAAGACCAGGGACAAAGGCUGAAGUUCCUUCGUGGGUGGCCUGAGGCCCCGGGGAGACACUUGGCCCAUGUACCUGGGAGUGUGGAGCAUCUGAUGCCGUAUAUUGCUAUUGCUGCAAGCGCUGGCAAUGACUCGGGCAGAAGACUUGGUCAGUGGGAUUUUAAGGGCACGCCUUACGGACUGUAUAUGUGGGAGGCUGAUAGCUUGUAAACGAUUUAGCUUCUGUUACACAAGGUUAUUAUGUAGUUAGUCGUUGUAUAAAGCCAAUACACUCACUCCCCUUAUCGGAUUUUAUUCAA